GAAAUCAGUUGUGGGAUGUGAAGACGAUAAAAAUCCUGUCUUCCUAAACAAUUGCUUAUCAUUUUAUACUAAAAAUAUUCAUAUUGAAACAGUGAUAUUCAUUAUUGAUACCUUUGUGAAAUGAAUUCGAAUUAAAAAAGUGUUAUAUUAAAUGUUUAAUAUAAUAUAUGCAGUUUUGUUAUUACGAUUUACUGUGAAAUUUUAAUAUCAAAAAUGAAAAUUCUCCUGUCUCUUGUACUAAUAAUACUAUAUGAUAUAAAAACUCAGGCAGAGGUAUGUUCCAGACCAAUCAUACAGAAAGGACAUGUCUACAUUUACAGGACCACGUCUAAAAUUAAUGUUAAAGUAAUGUCUUGUCUUUUGUAUGACGGAAGUGGUCGUCACUAUGAUGUUUCAGAAAACUGCGUAAAAGCAUUUUCAUCGGGAAUCUAUAUCGACAGAAAUCAAGUAGUGCAUCGUCUUGGACAACUAGAACCGUCUCUUACAUUGGAAGAGUAUACCACAACUGCGUAUCCGUUAAAGGAUGAAAUCAUUUUAAGGUCUGGAACAAUAUGCCGAUAUAGUAGAGGAUUCUGCUACGACCCUUCAGUCAACAUUAACUACGCAGUUGUUUGGAAAGUAGAACCCGUUAUAAAACACAUGUGCCCAGACAAAUUGGACCACAUUUUUGAUGGUAGCGUAGAUGUAUGGACAUUACCCACAAACCUAACCUAUUUGUUGUAUUACGAUUUAAAAUUAGAUCUGUCAUUUGCAUUACGACUGGUAGACUACUCGGUAUGUCAAAAUAAACAAUUGUGGUACAUUGAAGAUAACGACUAUGUAGUGUCUUUCAGCAGCUUGGGGUAUCAAGGUAGGGCUACCAAGACUGCAAAUAGGUCAGUAUUUCCUUUACGUUCCAAAAAACUAGUGGUAGAAGCUAUUCUUAAAGACUGCGAUUUAAAAAUGGCUGCCUCAAAUUUUAAUUUGCAAAUCCAUGCUCAGUACUUCAAUGAUCCUAAAUAUCUCACAGAUAUUUUACAGGUAUAUCAACAAAUUAUUCUUAACAACAAGCAUAAUCUUGCUGCUCUAAAUUCUCGCAUUUCUACAAUGGAAACCAUUAUCCAUUUGAACCAAACUGUGAUCCAACAUAUACAGAUGGAAAAAUCAGAGAUACCAGUAGAAAAAGUUUUCGUUGAAAUGCUGAGCAAAAAUAAGGAGUUCGAAGAGUCACUUAAUGCUGUUAAAGUUGGCACACUAGAUUUGUCUGAAAAAUCAAAAGAGUUUUCAAAUAGGAUGAAUUUUUUGCGUGAUGCCGUAACCUUCUUGGAUGUGAGUAACAAACGUGUAGAACAAAAUAUAAAACAGUUUAAGACUGAAACGAACCAAAAAAUUUUUAACUUAUUUGAUUUUGGGAAGAACAGAUUUAAUGACAUCAUCAGGUUAGAGAAUCUUAUAAGAACUCUAGAUUUUAAAAUAGAGUUUGUUAGACAAAAUACUAGUAAUUAUAUUUUAAACACUUUUAAGUUUAAUCAAGGAACAAAUAUUUUAAUUGAUCAACUACAAUCGGACAAUCUUCUAUUGGCACAUAAUAUAGAAAAUAUCAAUUUACAUUUAUUAAAAUUAGAAAACUCUUCUACUACUAAAAUACCUGCUAACUUUACAAAUGCCUUAGAAAAAGUACUUCAAAUUGAAAAGACCAUCAACCAAAAAAUAGAGGAUGUGGCGAAGUUGAAAAGAGGCAUAGAAAUGAUAAUAGUCGCUUUUAACAAGAAAUAUAUAGAGCUCAAUGAUACUGUCAUUAAAAAGGUAAACAUGGUCGACAACAAGGUUCUAAACUUAACUAAUCUGUUUAAUUUGUACAAAAAAGAUCUUCAUAUUUGUAACACAACUCUUAAUGGUACAGAACCAUCCGAUUCAAACGGAAAAACCAACAUUGAUAUGUCUAUCAUAAAUAAUACUAUAUCUUCAAAAAUUAACAAUAUUCAAACUAUUUUAACUGAACAAAUAAAAACUCUGUCGAAAGAACUAAGUGAUCUAAAGAAGGAGUUUGGAGAAAUUGUGGAGCAAAUAGCACGGCAAGAAGCAGAGAGACUUAAACAGCUGGAGAACAAAUUAACGACCAACACAGAACGUAUUUACUCAAAAUUUAAUGACACAGAAGCUAAAUUUAAUCAAUCAGCUGCUGAAUUAUAUAGAAAAAUUACUGAUCUUGUAAACAAUGCUGAGAAAAGAAUUAACAGCAAUAUGCAGAAAGCUAAAGCAAGUAUUUUACAAGAAGUACGUCUUUAUGCAGAUGACUCGUUGGUAAAGAAAAAAACAUUUGACGAAGAAAUGGAAAAAAUUAAACAAUAUGUAAAUAUUUCACUAAAUGAUAUACAGCAGAAUAGUACACAUAAAUCACAUCUUGAAUAUAUUAAGGAAAAUGUUGAGUUUAUAAACAAUACUAUAAAAAAUAAGGUUGAUAUAUAUGAAGACAAAUUUCAAAAAUUAGAAAAUAAUAUGAAAAUUAUGUCUGAAGAUCUUGACAAAAGUAUAACGGAUAAAAUUGAGGCAGCUUUAUUACCUUAUAAAAACUCUAGUACAGUAUCUGAUAAAAAACUUCUUGAUGUAGAGAAAAGCACAAGCCAAAAAUUGAGUGAUCUCAAAUUCGAGCUAGAGAAUUCUACAAAAACAGAAAAUAAUAAUCUUCUAAACAAAAUAGAUACCCCAGACACAAAAAUUAUACAAGCAGAAAACAAUAUUGCAAAACAGAAUAUGAUCUCGCAAAAAAUUGACAAGAUACUUGAUGACAUAAGGCAAGAUAAAAGCUCGUUAAACAAUCAACUCAAAACGCAGCAAAACGCUAUAAAUAAUCUUCAAAAUGAAAUAGCCGAUUUAGACCAAAAAAUAUCAAACAACACUGACAUAAAUAAUAAUCUAGACUCCAUUAAUAAAACUUUAGCAAAAAAUAUAGAAGAUUUACAGCAAGAAGUUAAAAAAAUUGAGGCAAAGGUAGAUGGUGCAAAUUCUAAUAAAUUGAGACGACUAAGUGAAGCGGAAGAUAAAAUUAAAACAAAUUUCGAGGAACAGUUAACUAAGAUCAGUAAUUUAAAUGCAGAAAUUGAUACAAUUAAAACAGAUAUGCAGAACAAAAAUUUAGAAUCAAAUAAAGCAGAGGCAGAAAUUGAUAUUCUUAAAGACAACAUAACCAAAUGCAGCAUUAAGCAAAAAGAAAGUGAUCAUGAAAUAGAUAAUUUAAAAAAAGAAAUACAUCAGAUGAAAAAUGACUUCAAACAAAAAGAGGAAACUUUUACAAAUUCUUUGUUGAAUGUACAGACAAUGUUAGAGAAGAAGAACGAAGAAAUUGCGGAAAUAAAAGCAGAACUGGGCAAAUUGAUGACUUGUUGCACAGAAAACAAAAAUGGAAUCAAAGAUAAAGAAACUGAGAUUAACAAACUCAGAGAAGAGUUUACUAAAGCUAAUAAGGAGCUCAAAGAGAAACAGGAAAAGUUGGCCACUACGCUACAUGAUGCGCUAGAAGAAGCAGAUAUUGUUCAACCGGAUAUUCAAUAAAAAAUUAUAUCAACAAUAUUAUUGCAUUCUUAAAAUAGUGCUAUGCUUUUUGAAUUUUUGUAUACAAUAUUCAAUAAAUUCAAUAUUGAAUAAUAAGUAUAAUUUAGCUGUUUAAAUGUGAUUGUUUAACUCUCACUGUAAAAUUAAAUAAAAAAUUCCCCAUGUU